AUGCGAGAAGGCGGCCAAAGUUAUGUGGUGCGCCAAGAGGACAACAGGAAGAUAUUCGAAGUCUUCCGCCGCAACAAUGUCCUGACUAUUGACGUCAUGGGUGAGAGCACAACGGAUGCACGAGUACGAGUGGUCAACUUAGCCGUGCAAGAAGGUUUCGACGAAAUAGAUGAAGCAGUCACGGAUACAACACUGCUGGAAUUGCACCAAAGACUGGGCCAUCUUUCCUACGAUACUAUCGUACGCAUGGCCGACUCGGCAGGUUCAGGUAUCCGGUUGACCGACCGAACGAGGCCAAAUUGUUUGACUUGCGCACAGGGCAAACAGAGCAAGAACAACCAGCCCAAGAAGGACACAGGAAGGAAUGCACCGAUCGACAAGCUCGGGGGUGUUAUCGGUAGCGACAUCAAAGGACCAAUGACUCCAAAGGACCGUCGCGGAAAUCGAUACCUCAUCAACUUCGUCGACUACUCGACGAAUUGCGUACGCGUGUUCGUCGCCAAGAGAAAGAUCGAGGCUACAAAGAAUUUUAGGCACUUUCUACUCUAUUACGAGAAGAGAUUCAACUGUCGCGUCCAUGUGUUGCGGACGAUGGCAAGGAGUACGUCAGCGUCGAUCCGUUGUGCAAGUCAGCUGGAGUGA